AUGGAAGAAAAAUUGAAUUUAUAUAUUUAUCCUCUUAAUAGAUUAAAAAUUUAUAAUGAGCCAAAUAAAAUUGAAGUAACUUUAAAGAGAUUAGAUUUCUAUAAUGACAAAAAAAAUAAGGAAAAUGAAUUAUACGAUUUUAGAUGUAAAAAAGUAGAGAAUCCUCAUAUGAUAUACGACUCUCUUAAUUCUAACAUUUUAUAUGAGAUAAAAAAUUUUCAUGCCACAGAUAGGAUUUAUGAUAUAGCGAGAAGAAAUGAAAAGAAAAAUGAUGAAGAUGAAGAAGAAAAAGAAGGUGAAGAAGAAAAAGAAGAUGAAGAAGAUGAAGAAGAAAAAGAAGAAAAAGAAGAUGAAGAAGAAAAAGAAGAAAAAGAAGAUGAAGAGGAUGAAGAAGAAAAAGAAGAUGAAGAGGAUGAAGAAGAAAAAGAAGAUGAAUAUAUAACUGAUCAAAAAUUUAAUAAAAAAGAAUAUAGUCAUUAUGAUGAAAAUAAUAAAAAUAAUAAUGAAUAUGAUGAUUAUAAUUUUUCAGAUAAUAAAAAUAAUAAUUUAAAUUAUAAUAAUAAUCUUUAUAACUCUAAUAUAUAUGACAACAAAACUGUAAGUAUUAAAAAUGAUGGUUUAGAAAUAUUAACAUAUAAUAAUAAAAAGACUAAUUAUUAUAAUGGAGAAAAAAAUAAACAAAAUUUACAAAAAUUAAAUAAUAAUAAUAAUAAUGAAAAUUGUGUUUUACACGAAAAAUAUGUAGAAAAGGAAAGCUAUAAUUUAUAUAAAAAAAAAAAAAAAAUGGCAAAUAAAAGUUGUAUAGAUUUUUUACAUAACUCAUAUGUCUAUGAAAAAGGUAUAAGAGAUGAUCAUAUUAGAAUAAAUGCUCCAUGUGAUGUUAUUAACACUUUAGCUACUUUUUAUAUUGAUAAAAAAAUGAAUAUAAAUAAAAAAUAUUCUUAUGACUUAAAUUUUAAUUUAAAAUCACCAGUUUUAGUAUUUCCUACAGGUUUUUAUAAUAAUGAGAUAAAAUUUUUAGAAGUGGGACUACAAGACUUUAUUUAUGAUGAUAAUUAUGUUUAUAAUAGUAUGCCUAAUUAUGAUUAUAAUAGUAUGCCUAAUUAUGAUUAUAAUGAUAAUAUAAAUUUAAAUUAUAGUUACUUACCAUCUAAUAUAAAAUUUGAAUUUAAUAAUGAAAUUAAUAUAGUUCCUACUAAUUUAUCAGUUGGAAAUUGUGAUAUUUCUAGUAUGACACAAUUACCAGCUUUUUGUGAUUUUUCAGAUAGAGUAAAAAUAGCUCACGAAUACAAUAAAAAAUACAUAUAUAAAAAUUUUUAUGAACAAAAAAAUAAUCUACUAUUAUAUAAAUUAAGUAGAAAUGUAACAGAAGCGAAACAUAUAGGUUCUAUUUCAAUGAAUAAAUUUUUUAAAAUAAAAGAAAUAAAAGUAGAUAACAAUAAUAUAAAUGAAACAGUUGUUUAUUCAAGAAAUGAUGUUGGGUUGUUUAUUUGUUAUGUUCAAUAUAAAAAGAAUGAUAUCAUUGAUAAUUUAUAUGAUGAUAUUAUUUUUAAAAAAAGAAAAAAUAUAAUUAUUAAUAAAAGAGAUAAUGAAAAAAAAAAAAUAAUAGGAAAUAGAAGGAAAGAAGUAGAUACAAUGUAUAAUGAAGUUGAUGUGAAUGAAGUUAAUGUGAAUGAAGAUGAUGUGAUUGAAGAUGAUUUUUUUAACAUUUUUGAUUAUAAAAUUAAAAUAACAAAGGAUAUUUUAUUAUUUGAUAGAUUAUUUCAAAUUUGUCCCAGUUCUUAUACUUUUGGGAAAUGUUAUUUUUUAGGGAAUCAUAAUAGUUUAUAUUCAUAUGAUUUGGGAUUAAAUUUAAUUGAAAUAAUUGAUUUAAAUAAAAAAGGAAAAUUUUUUAAACAACAUGACACUUCUUUAUGUUUGUGUUUUUUACAAGAUGAUAAUAGUAUUUUAUUAGGUUGUAGAAAUUUAUAUAUAUUUGAUAAAAGAGAAAAUAAGUUAACAAAAUUUAAUACUAAUAAUACAGGGAUAAAAAAAAUAACUAGAAGAAGAAUUGCUAGAAAUUCUUGUGAAGAAUUUUUAGAUGAUUUAUCAGAAAGAAAUAUUAAUCAAAAUAAUUUAUAUCAAGAAAAUGUUACACGUUGCCACUUUAAUAGAGGAUAUACCGCUUUAGAAAAAAAUCCAGAUUUUCCUUUUAUAAUUGCAUCUGUUAAUGCUUCCUUUAAUGUUAUAGAAAUAUGGGAUACAAGAAAUCAAUAUGAGCCAUUAUUUAUAUUUCCUUUGAAUAUUUCAGAAUUUUCUUACACUUAUUUUAGAUAUAUUGAAUGGAUUAGAAUAAAUCCAAAUGGUAAUAAUUAUGAUAAAAGGAAUAAUUAUAACUUAAUGACUUUCUCUUAUUAUGAACAUCUAGUAUAUGUUAGAAAAAUUCUCAUAUAUGAUAAUUUUACAAGUUAUAAAGAUUUAGGAUUUCAAACUUACACCAAUAAUUUUUCUAAUUAUUUAUAUAAUUAUAAUUUAAAAGAUAAAUAUUUAGAAAAUUCUAAUUUAAAUAAGGAAAAUGCAUAUAUAUCUAGAGAUAAUUGCAAGAUUGAAAAUUUGUUUAAUUCAGAAAAAUAUAUUAGUGAAGAAAUUACAAAAAACGAAGAAAAUAUUAAGAAAAAAAAUAAUAUGAAGGAAAAUCAGUAUAUCAAAGAAAAAAAUAAUAUUACAGAAAAAUGUAAUGAUUAUGUAGAAAAUAAUACGAAAAAAAAUUUAGAGGAUGAAAAAUUAUUGGCAAACGAAAUUAAGAAAAGGAAUGAUAUUCAUUUUAAUCAUAUUUUUAGUUAUAGAAAUAUAAAAAUGCAUAUAGAAGAUUCUAUUAUAUUAGAUAUUUCUAAAUUUACUACUCUUCAGAAAAAUAAAAUGAAUUCUAUACAAAUGUAUAAUGAUGAGAGAAAGUAUAAUUCUAUAAAUACAAAUAUGUAUAAUAUUUUUUUCGGAUUAUAUGGUAUGAAGUUCAUUGAAUUUACCAUCCCAACAUUUUACUGUCGCAAAAAAAAAAAUACAUUAAAAGAUGAAAAUGAAAAAUUUUUAGAAAAACAUUAUUAUUUUGAUGAAAAAAAAACCAAAGUUUAUGAAUAUUUUAUAAAAAGGAAUAAAAAUGGAGAAAAAAACAAAAGACAAGAAAUAGAAGGAAUUAAAUUAGAUUUUAUUCAAUUUGUUUUUCAUAUAAAUUCAUCUGGGCAAAUAUUUUGUGUACCUCUUAAUUUGUGUAUAAAAAAAUUAAGUAAAGAAAAAUUAGAAGAAUGGAUUCCAAUAAAUAAAUUUUAUAUUGUAAACACAUAUACAAAUGAAAAUGUUACUAAUUUAUCAAAAAAUUUUAUUGAUAUUAUUGAUAAUAAUAAAGUAGAAAAUGAUUCUCUUCUUCAUAAAAAAAAGGAAAAAUCUUCUUUUAAAGAUUCUUUUGUACAUUUGAAUGAAAGCUCAAUUUUAAAGAAAGAAAUAGAUUUUGAUAAUUUUUUGAAAAAUAGUUGUGAUUAUAACUAUGAAAAUACUUAUGAAAAAGGAUUAGAUAAUUUAAAUUGUAAAAUAGAAUUAGAAUCAAAUAUUGUCGAAAAUAGUGAAGAAUCUAAUAGUAAAAAUAAGGAAGAAAAUGAUUAUUUAAAUAAAAAUUUGAUAAGUAACCAAAAAAAAAAUAUUUCCAAUAUUAUGAAAAAUGAAAACUUUAAUUUAACUAAACAAAAUUGUGAUAUAUUAAAAGAAUUUUAUUCUAAAUAUUCAAAUGUAACUAAUGAAUUUUUAUCUGAGAUAUUUAAAUUAGUUUCUAAAGACAAAAUUCUUAUACUACAAAAAAAUAGUAAUGCUAUAAAAAUAUUUACUUAUAAUAAUUUUGAAUCAACUCAAAAAUUUUAUCAAAAAAUUAAAAGAUUUAUUGUAGAAUCAUUUUUAUCCAACACGAAUAAUAAUAUAUGUGCAAAUAUAACAAAUAAAAAUGAUAAAAAAGAUGAUUUUUUUUGUAUUCCUUGUAAUUAUAAUGACAAUAAUAAUACUGAAUUAAAUUCUUUUUUAUGUAAUGAAAAUAAUAUAUAUAAUAAAAAUGAUUCAAAUUUGUUAAUUUCUCCAAUUAAUACUAACAUAAUGACUGAUAAAUUAAUCAAAUAUAAUGAACAUAGUGAUCUCAAAACUAAAAUUGCACCUUUAAAGUCAUCUGAAAAUAUUAUUCAAUCAGUUUAUAACAAUGAUAUAGAAUUAAACGAUAAUAACAAUAUCUUAAAUAAAAAAGAAAUAAAUUUAAUUAGUAAAAAUAUUAGUAUAAAUAAACAAGAUUUAAAUUUAGAUAAUAAUAAUAAUAAUAAUAAUAAUAAUAUAAAUAACGAUAAUAAUAAUAAUAAUAUAAAUAACGAUAAUAAUAAUAAUAAUAUAAAUAACGAUAAUAAUAAUAAUAAUAUAAAUAACGAUAAUAAUAAUAAUAAUAUAAAUAACGAUAAUAAUAAUAAUAAUAAUAAUAAUAAUAAUAAUAAUAAUUGUAGAGAAAAAUUUUUAUCAGAUGUGAUUAUUAAAAUUAUGAAAGAAAUGUAUUUACAUAAAAACACAAAAAAAAAAGAAAAUUAUGUUUAUAAUAAGAAAUUUUCAUCUAUAACACAUGGGAAAGAAACUAUAUGUUCAAAAUUUAAUUUAUUUGAAUUAUUUUCACAGAAUAAUAUUAAAAAAAAGUAUAAGAAUGAAAUAAUUGAAACACAUUUUGUUCAGAAUUUGAGUUACUUAAAUUUAAAUGAUUUUAAAAAAUUUUUAUUAAACGAAUCAAAAUAUGCUUUCUGUUCUUUUCAUUUAAGUAAUUUUUUUUAUAUACAAACAUUAGCUAAUCUGAAGCAUUCAGCAUAUAAUUUAACAGAAGAAAUGAUACACAAAUAUAUAAAUGACAGUUAUCCUUUUGCAACCUAUUCAUCUAAUUUUCAAUCAUUUAAAAUUUUAAAAAAAAAUCAAUCAAAAAACCAUAUAAUUUUUUAUAAUAAAUCUCUUAGUUUUUAUAAGUUUUUGAUGGAACAACUAAAAGAAAAAAACUGUUUUCAUAAAUAUCAGGUAAAUAAUUCUGAGAAAAAAUGUAUAGAAAAAAUAACUGAAUGCUCUUAUAAAAAUUAUCUUAAAGAAAUAAAAUUUUCAAAUGCUCAAAAAAAUAGUAAACAAGAUACAAAAAAAGAACAUGAUAAUGAAAUCAAAGAGAAUUAUAACAAUGUAUUUGAAAAUGAUGUAGAAAUUUUAGAUGGAAAUAAUAGUUAUAAUGACAAUGUAGAUGAGUUUAAUAAUUUAAAAAAAGAAAUUUCAUUACAUAAGGAAAGUGAAUGUGUAAUUAAUAAAAAUAAUAAAUUUUAUAAUGAUUUAAACAAAGAAUCAAAUGAAGAUAAAAUAAUUAGUUAUUAUAGUGAUGAUCAGAAGUGUUUCUUGAUCGAAAAUGAAAAAAAAAAAAAAAAAAAAUAUAGUUUACUAAUUUUAAAGAAUGCAUUUAAUAUAAAAGAACUGUUUGAAGUUUAUAAUGAAGAUGGAUUUAAUUACAUUUUGACAAUUAUGAAAAAAAUUCAAAAAUCAAAAAAAAAGUUUUCAUUUAAUAAAAGAUUAAAGAAAUAUUUUAAUAAUAUAUCAAAAGAACUGAGUAAAUGUGUGCCUGUUAAGAAUUUUUUCUUUUAUGAUACACCUGCUUGUUUUUGUCUUUUUAAUAAUGAUUUUAAUAAUAAAAGUCAAUAUAAUACAUAUUUAAAUUCUUAUGAAUUCCUUUUAAAUAUUGUAACAUUUUUUAAUAACAAUGAUUCAAUUGAAAAUACAAUUAAAAAAUUAUAUAAUUAUGAACAUAUAAAUUUUUUACAUAACAAAAAAAAUAAAGAAUUCCUUGAAAAUAAUAAAGACAAUAAUUUUUUUGGAAAUAUUGAUAAUGAUGAAAAAAAAAGAAAAAACGAGAAGAAAAAAAAAAAAAAAAGCCCUUUAUUUAUUAAUAAAAUAAAUGUUAAUUCAAAGAAAGAGGAUAUAGAAGAUUUAUUUUUUAAAUUAAGAGAAAAUAAUAAUUGUGUAUCAUUUAGUUAUGAUAAUGUUUUACAUAAGUUUAAAAAAAAAAAAUUAAUUUUUUUAAGUAAAGAUAUUACUUACUAUAUUUUUCAAAAUAUUUUACAAAAUGAAUAUUUUAUACCAAUACCUAAAUAUAUGAAAAAUAAAAUAAAAAUAAAUGAAGAAGAUUUUCAUUGUUCUUUUAUUACAUGUUUUAAAAAUCAUUCAGUUGGAUUUUAUAAUAAGAAAUUAUUUAAUGUUUAUAAUAGUAUUAAUUUUUCUAAUUUGAAAAAUUUUGAUAUGCAUAAAUAUAUAUAUAAUGAAUAUUUUGAUAUAGGAAAAAAUAAUACAAAAAAUAACUUAAAUAAAUAUAUUAAUUCAAAAGAAGAAAAAGAGGACAAUUCACUUUAUACAACAAAUCUAAAUGGAUAUAAAGCUGGAUAUAAGGUUGACUAUAAUUUAUUAAAGAAAUUACAGAAAUUGUGGCCAAAUAAUGAAAAAUAUUAUACAUCAAAGGAAGAUUAUUUAGAAUUAAUAAAAAAUCUUAAAAAUAAAGAAAAAGUAUUUUUUUAUGGUUGA